CUACUACGUUACUACGUUACUACGUUACUACACUCACCAAACUCAUCCGGUGACACCGCAAAGUACAUUCUUGGAGACGUAUCGGCUCUGGUGUCGUUAAAUAAAACCCGGCUCGGGUCGAACGCGAGGACCUCUUGUUCGCAUCUUGAAGACAUCAGGAUACCUCUCGUCUAGUCGUCGACCACAAUGUCGAACGGGAUGUAUCAUCCUCCUGGUUACGGUCACGGCCAACCAAGAAGUGUUACCACCGGGAGCGAUCCUAGGAUGGCGGCCGUCUCCCAUCAACUGGGAUCGUCGACUGGACACGUUUCGAAUUCGCACAACUACGCAGGGAGGUACCAAGACGUCGGACCCGCUCCUCGAACUGGGAAUUCUGGAGGGGUCGUAGGAUCGAACGGGUAUACGUCGAGGUAUGCUCAAGAUCAAGUGGAUAGGAGGGAACACAUUACCUCGACCAAUCACAGCAACAACAGCAAUCAUCAGACCCACCGGGUCGAACCGCCUCGUCUGUACGGGUCGAGUGAACAAUACCUCCCCGCCACUUCGGUUGCGAGCAAUCAUACAGCUCCGACCUCGGCGGCUUCGAUCGCUGGGUACCGCUCGAUGGCGGAGGAUGCUCAGUAUAGUAACAGCAUGAACAAGGGGUACGGGACGAGCUCGCAGCAGCAGCAUCAGACGGGAGGAUAUGGAAGGUCGAACGGUAGAAAUGGAGUGGGAGCGGGGACGAACGCGUCGGGAGAGAGAUCGUACGUCCCUCGACAGGUUCGAGACAUGGACGGUCCACCCGCUUCCGGACUUCCCGUCCUUGCCUCUGCCAGCGAAGCCGCUCAGACGUACGAAAGGCAACAACAAGCUUCAGCUGCCAUCACCUCAUCAUCGGCGUCAUCGUUGCUGGCUCGUCGAGCCGAGUACCAGCCAUCCCGCCAGACGCUCGAUAGACCUUCUUCCAACGCUCCUGUGCCUUCGUCGUCCUCUAUCUCGCCAUCCUACACCCCGGCUCGUACCACUUCGAACGCGACUAACGAUUUCACCAACCGAUCCACCAAUUCCGUUCUCCAAGCUGGUCGUGCUAACCAGCAAACGUACACCCAACAACCCCGAGCGACCGCUACGAACGUCGCCCCUGUCGUACCUGCCAUCUCCUCUGCCUCUCAGUCGUCCCGCAACACCAACCAGGCUGCCAACCAGGCGAGAUUGGGCGAAACGUGGUACGGAGAGAGGCAUCGGGCAGGACAACCCAAUACUGCCGCACAACCCUCGUCAAAUCGGCAUGUCGAUACCCAGCCCCAUCCCGCCAUCGCAGUUGCGGUCCAAGAGGACGACGCCUAUCCGGUGGCUCCGUCCCCGGCUUACGAUCCGGUCGUCUUUGAGCGAAUCAUCGGGUUGAGCCACGAUCCUCCUUCUGUCGAGACACCCCGACCAUACGAGGCAGUCGAGUCCGAGACCGAUCGACGAGCUCAUGAACAGAGCAUACCAGCUAGAGAGGCUGCACCGGACAAGGACAAGGACCAAGCGGUCCACGCGCAGAGGCACGGAAUCUCGCCCAGCUUACUGAAGAAUGCCAAUGGCGAUUCGACCAGGUUGCAGGCCCUCGUUCGAGCUACAGAGCCGGGACAAUUGGAAGCUUGGAAUCAGCAGACCGAAAGCGAGCCUCCUGCCACCGCGCGGACCGAAGGAGAAGGGUCCGAACAGAACCAAGGUGCCGAAGACGCGACGCCCACUACCGAUGGACAAGGCUCGAAACGAGUCAGGCAGAGAAAGGCGAGGCCGAAAAAGGGAGAACCAGGUUGGGUCCCUCGUCAUCGUAGGACCAAGGCCGAGCUGGCUGCCGAAGCUGCUGCCAAGGUCGCUGCGGCCGAAGCGGCAUUGCAAGCUGAAAAGGAAGCCGCGGCAGGUCCCUUCAACUCGUUGACCGCUCAUCUGAAUGCUUAUACCCAAAGAGACAAGGCCCUCCUACGUGAAGGUGCUGGGUAUGGCAAGAUUCCAGAUCUGAGCCCGGAAGAAAUCUUGAUCAGGCGAAAAGAGGCGGCGAUCCGAGAGGCGGCACGUGCGGCCGAGGAGAAACGCAAAGAGGAGGCGAGGUUGGCACAGGUUGCUAGGGAAGAAGCGAGAGUGGCUAGGGAGGCCAAAGAAGAGGCCCGAAGGGAGGCGCACAGGUUGGCUUUGCUGGAGGCAGCGCGACCGGCGGAGAAUGACAAUCAGGGAGGGCUCAUGGAUAUCGAUUUGAGCGGGUUCGGGGACAUCGAUGCCGAGAUCGACGAAGAAGCGGAUUACGAGGCGCAAAGACAAGCAAGGAUCGCUCACAACAAUCGAAUCAUGGCUGCUUUGGGAUUGGGCGAGAUACAUCAGCCAUCUCCCGAGGAGAUUGAACCAAGACCUAGCAAACGGGGUAGGGGCAGACCGCUUGUCAAGGUACCCAAGCGAAAACGAGAACCCCGCUAUUCUCCUGACGGCACUACUGCCGAUCCUUGUCCUUCCGGUCAACGUCAGCGACUCGCCUUUGUCGAACUCCCUCAUAUCUUCAGGAGUCAACGAGUCCAAGACUUGUUCCGCUACAGUCAGCUUCCGCCUGUACCGGAAAACCCGAUCGAGAGCGAGUCCGAGGACGAAGAUGAGAUGAUGGACGCCGAUGCCACCACCUUGGCGCCCAAGGCCCGGGCAGAAAAGCUUCCUCCGGUACAUUACUCCCAAAUCGAUGGAGACCCUUGUCACCAGUGUCGACGCAAGUCCAACAAGCCUAAAAUGAGCUGCAGGAACAAGGACCCGCAGUGUAACCUCAAAUACUGCAACACUUGCGUGCAAAGAUACAACUUUCCAUUUGAAGAGUAUAGUCGGACCUUCAUCUGUCCUCGUUGUCAAGGCUACUGUAACUGUAGCGCCUGCCUUCGAUCGAGCGGGUUGCUCAAACUUCUCAAGCUGGACGAGAAUCAGGACAAGCUCAGGAUGUCUCUAAACGCGGCCAAGACUGCUCCCAACAUUCAAGUAUACCUCGAGAUGAUGGGCGCACCCAAGGCUCCGCCGAUGCCACAACAGGAGCUGCACCGAAUCCGCUUCAUCCACAAAGAAGAGGACAUCAUCACGCCCGAAAUCCCUGAUGACGUCCUGUCCGAGCUCAUGACACGACACCACAAGAGGAAGCACUAUGCGAAAGCUGGCGUGGGACCCAAGAAAUCGAAAAAGAAGGCCAAGACCAAGCGUUCGGAAGAGGCCGCCGACGCGGAUCUGGAAGCAGCUGCCGCAUCUGUCCGACCUCAACCCCGCAAGCGCAAAGGCAAGGAGAAGGUCGACGACACCGCUCCGCCCGAAUUCGAAGCCGUCACCGAGACUGCUACUCUGAUGCAGACGUACCCUGAACACCCUGCGCAAGAGGACUCGGACGACUUGUCCGACGACGAGGAAGCGGAGUACGCUGCACAACAUGCUUACACUCCACAGUAUGAUUAUGGGACGGGAGAUGCGAGACGGCCUGCUACGUCGUCAUUGGACGGGCCAGGAUACCAAGAUCAGCAUUAUGCUAUAGCCAACGCUUGGAGCGUAUACCGAGCGUGAA